GCAACUUGUGACUCGUCUUCCGCCUACUGUCCCAGGACAGUGCGUGCAUGAUCUGCUGCGAUGUGGAUCAGCGUAGCAAUAGUUUGUGCAGUUUUACUUGCACUCAUUUUAAAAUACAUCUUUACCACGCCGGGGCCCAAUCCUUUUGCGAGGGACAGUCGAGAACCGGUCAGAGGAAUCGUGCCCAGAAAGGAGAAAAACAAAGUGCUGAAGCAAGGUUUUGUUGCCAGUAAAGUUCCAGAUAAUUUGGAUGCGGUGGUAAUCGGCAGUGGUAUCGGUGGGCUGGGGGUCGCCGUGCUUUUGGCCAAAGUUGGGAAGAGAGUCCUGGUUCUGGAACAACAUGAUCGGGCCGGAGGAUGCUGCCACACUUUCACUGAGAAGGGAUUCGAGUUUGACGUUGGUAUCCACUAUAUUGGAGACUUGCUGGAGCACAAGCCUUUCAGAUGUAUGCUGGACCAGAUGACCAAUGGCCAGCUGCAGUGGGAGCCGCUGGAUAACCCCUAUGACUGGGUGGUACUGGGACCCCCCGAAAACCGCCGCCGUUACCCCAUCUACAGCGGAACCACACGUUUCUCACAGGAGCUCAAGAAGUGCUUCCCUGGAGAAGAGAAGGCCAUAGACGAGUACAUACGACUGUGCAAGAAAACUGGACGAGGCAUCUGGUUUUUGGCUCUGUUGAAGCUCAUCCCCAGUCCCAUUGCCAAGUUCCUGGUCUACACCGGCCUCUGCAGACGCCUCUCCUCCUUCUUUGAAAUGGCCGACCGCAGCCUGACUGAAGUGGUCAACGGACUGACCGAAAACAAAGACCUGAGAGCUGUUUUCACCUACAUCUUUGGCACUUAUGGAAACAUACCCAAGGAUGCCAGUUUCUCUAUGCACAGUCUGCUCAUCACCCACUACCUGAACGGUGCAUGGUAUCCGAAAGGGGGCGCCACUGAGAUAGCGUACCACAUGAUCCCCAUCAUCGAGAAGGCGGGAGGAGCUGUUUUAGUCCGUGCUCCAGUCAACCGAAUCCUGUUCAACAGUGACAAAGAAGCUAUCGGUGUGAGUGUGAUGAAAGGCCAGGAGGAGGUCCAUAUCCAUGCUCCAAUGGUCAUCUCUGACGCUGGGAUCUUCAACACCUACCAGAAACUGCUGCCCAAGGAGCUGCAGGCCAUGCCAGAGAUCCAGAAGCACCUGAGUUUUAUGAAGAACGGGGAAGGCGGCCUGAGUGUGUUCGUGGGGUUGGAUGGGUCCAAGGAGGAGCUCGGCCUUAAAGCAAACAACUACUGGAUCUUUAAAGAAAACAACUUUGACGAGCUUGUGGAGGAGUAUAUGAACGGCGACAAGGAGGAGUCUGCUAAAAACGUGCCUCUUCUGUUUGUCGCAUCUCCAUCGGCUAAAGACCCCAUCUGGCAGGAACAGAAUCCAGGGAAGUCCACAGUGAGCCUGGUCAGCUUUGCCAACUACUCGUGGUUUGAGGAGUGGAAGGACGGGAAAGUGACAAACAGAUCUCCAGAAUAUAAAGAGUUAAAGCAGGCCUUUAUCGACUCUAUCCUGGAUGUGGUGAUGGACGUGUUCCCCAAAAUCACCAGAGACAAGAUUGAGUACGUUGACGCUGGCACCCCCAUCACAAACACUCACUACAUCGGCGCUCCUAAAGGUGAGAUCUACGGAGCGGACCACGGGAAGGAACGCUUCAGCCCCGAGCUCAAUGCAACCAUCCGCCCCAAAACGCCACUCAAGAAUCUCUAUCUGACAGGUCAGGAUGUGUUCCUGUGUGGUUUUGCCGGAGCUUUGGCCGGAGCUUUGACCUGCGGCUCGGUCAUCCUCAAACGCAAUCUCCACUUAGAUGCCAUCGCUCUGGCCAAGAGAACCAGAUUCAUGAAACAGAAGGGAGAGUAGACACUAGAGCAAAUAAUGCAAAAAUGAAUGGAAUAGAUUGGCUCACGUGACCUCACAAUAUUCUAUGUAAAAUCUCCAUAGUUUAACACUGAGCUGUUGAACGCUUAAGAUCUCUGUAAUUAUCGGGACUAUCCACAUGAAACCUAAACUGUCAGAGAAGUUUAAUGUCUUCUCUGUUUGCACAAAUGAACAACAAGGACAUUAUUUUUUCACAGCAGCUUCACACAUCAGUGUGUUAUGCAAAAACAACAGCCUUUUUGUUAUUUAUUCAUAACAUUUUGCAGAAAAAUUGCAGAAUGAACAAUUUGACGAGUUAUACACAGUACUAGGGUGAUCAGACGACCCCAUUGACCCAGGAUAGUCCCAUUUUUGAGCCCUGUGUCCCAUGUUCGAGCAGAUGUAUAAAACUGGGACAAAUCACUGGUUUUGGAUACAAGAUAUGUGCCAGGUAUCCCUAUUUUUGACCAAUUUCAUAGUCUCUAACAGUAAAGAAAGGAAUAUAUUGCCGUUUGUUAAGUUAAAGUACUUCCCUGGUAUCCAGAACACACACUUCGUCAAUACUUUUCAAAGAUGUGAGUCUGGUCACCGGUGAAUCUCCCCAUUUCAAAUGGGUGUGACUGACAGGUGGAUUAGCCAGUCAGUGAUACGCAUGGUCUAUCCGUAUUGGAAAAAAAUAAAAGGGAAAAAAUAUCACAGGGGGCUGAAAAAAAUGUCUGUAGAAUCAAUGAGUGAAGCUUAAACUCUGUUUAUCUGAGGUGAGAGAAAUGUGAAUUUAUUUUUAAAUCAUAGGUGACCAAUGAGCUCCUUCGUUUCACAUGUGUCACUGAAAUAAACAAAUCUGAUUGGACAAUCACGUUUGACAGGUCUUGAGACGCAACGGAGGACGUGAAGACCAGACUCAUAUCAAUCUGUAUAAAAAUAUUCUGGAUUUGAUGGGCAACUAAAAUACAGAUAAAUGUGCUUAAAAAUGAGCAGAAGACAAAAAAUAAAAUCCACAGUUGUUUUACCUGAGCAAGCAAUAAUAAUAAUAAAAAUAGACUCUAAACAUUGUGCCUGUGAACUUUGUGGCCUAAUAUAUUAAACAUUUGAAAUGGAACUGGC